GGGAGACUCCGGUGUGGACAUCAUCGCUCUGUGGGAUUACUCUGAAUGAGUUUGCUAUAAACAGCUUGACUUACAUAACAGCUAGUAAUUCAGUUAGUACUCCCUCUGCUAGCUCUGCCAUAGAUCUCCAGAGCAGAGGAUACGCUUAAUUACAUUUCUUUUUGCAAUACACCGCCAUUGUAUGUAUCUUUUUUUCUUAUAGGUGUCAAGUGCGGUCGUUGCGGAGGAUAAUUUGCAACAUUUUUUGUCAUUAUGUCAGUGGUAGGGAUUGAUUUGGGUUUCCAAAAUUGUUACAUCGCUGUGGCCAGGAGCGGUGGCAUUGAAACCAUUUCCAAUGAGUACAGUGACAGAUGCACACCGGCUUGUGUAUCUCUGGCCUCUAAAAACCGCAUAAUCGGAAAUGCAGCCAAAAGUCAAAUGACAACAAACUUCAAAAAUACAGUCCACAGCUUCAAAAAGUUCCACGGCAGAGCAUUUGAUGACCCAUUUGUCCAAGCGGAAAAACCCAAACUGCCUUACAGCUUACAUAAACUGGCCAAUGGAAACACUGGAAUUAAGGUUCGUUAUUUGGAUGAGGACAAAGUGUUCACAGUCGAGCAGAUCACAGGGAUGCUGCUCACCAAGCUGAAGGAGACGUCAGAGAGCGCCCUGAAGAAGCCGGUGGUGGACUGCGUCAUCUCUGUCCCAAGUUUCUUUACAGACGCUGAAAGGAGAUCAGUGUUUGAUGCAACUCAAAUCGCAGGGCUGAACUGUUUACGGCUAAUUAAUGAUACGACUGCAGUGGCUUUGGCCUAUGGGAUCUACAAACAGGACCUUCCGACUCCAGAGGAGAGGCCAAGAAAUGUGGUAUUUGUUGACAUGGGACAUUCAUCGUUCCAGGUCUCCAUUACUGCCUUCAACAAAGGCAAACUCAAGGUCCUCGCCACUGCAUUUGACCUACACCUUGGUGGGCGUAAUUUUGACGAGGCGUUGGUAGAUUACUUCUGCGAGGAGUUUAAGAGCAAGUACAAGCUUAAUGUGAAGGAGAACCCAAGGGCUCUGCUGCGGCUGCACCAGGAGAGCGAGAAACUGAAGAAGCUAAUGAGUGCCAACUCCUCCGAUCUGCCUCUGAACAUCGAGUGCUUCAUGAAUGACAUUGAUGUUUCUGGCAGGAUGAACAGGGGCCAGUUUGAAGACAUGUGUGCUCAGUAUCUGAUGAGAGUAGAGAUGCCACUGAAAGCAGCCCUUGAACAAUCAAAGCUGAGCCGGGAUGACAUCUAUGCAGUGGAAAUAGUUGGAGGAGCCACGAGAAUCCCAGCUGUCAAAGAGAGAAUCACCAAGUUCUUUGGCAAAGACAUCAGCACCACGCUCAACGCAGACGAAGCUGUCGCUAGAGGCUGUGCACUUCAGUGUGCGAUUUUGUCUCCAGCAUUUAAGGUGCGUGAAUUUUCCAUCACUGAUGUGGUUCCCUUUCCUAUAACUCUUCGCUGGAAAUCUCCAACAGAGGACGGAUUGGGAGAGUGUGAGGUGUUCAGUAAGAAUCACGCUGCUCCGUUCUCCAAAGUGAUCACGUUUCACAAGAAGGAACCCUUUGACCUUGAAGCCUUCUACAGCAACUCUCAAGAGCUGCCCUACCCAGACCACAGGAUAGGAUGUUUCUCUGUACAGAACGUUGCUCCUCAGCCAGACGGAGACAGCUCCAAAGUAAAGGUCAAAGUGCGUGUCAAUGUGCACGGCAUCUUCAGCGUGUCCAGCGCCUCUCUGAUCGAGAAGCAGAAAGGAGAAGGAGAGGAAAUGCAAAUUGACUGUGAGCCAAUGGUGCAGAAUGAAGGCAGGGCAGAGGACCAGACCAAAAUGCAGGUGGACCAGGAAGGCCAAAGUCAAGCGGACCCGCAGAACGAGGACACUACCAGCAGUAAGGAGGGUGCGUCUGGGGAAAAGCAGGACCCCGCAGCAGGGGGAAACAAGCCCAAAGUCAAGGUGAAGAGUAUUGAUCUGCCCAUCGUGGCCAACAAUAUUCGACAGCUCGACAGCGAUGUCCUUAACAAUUUUGUGGAGUAUGAGCAUCAGAUGAUCAUCCAGGACAAACUGGUGAAAGAGCUGAAUGAUGCUAAAAAUGCUGUUGAGGAGUAUGUAUACGAUCUGCGGGACAAACUUUGUGGAAUCUAUGAGAAGUUUAUCACCGAGGAGGACAGUAACCGGCUGACGCUGAUGCUGGAGGACACAGAGACCUGGCUGUAUGAGGACGGAGAGGACCAACCCAAACAUGUCUAUGAGGAGAAACUGCAAGCACUCAAGAGGUUGGGUCAACCCAUUCAAGAUCGGCACAGAGAGCACGAGGACAGGCCCAGAGCUUUUGAAGAGCUCGGAAAGAAACUGCAGCUCUACAUGAAGUUUGUGGAUUCCUAUAAACAGAAGGAUGAGCGAUACAUGCAUUUGAGCGCAGAGGAAAUGAGCGUUGUGGAGAAGUGUGUGAGUGAAAGCAUGGGUUGGAUGAACAGCAUGAUGAACGCCCAGGGCAAACUCGGUAUUACUCAAGAUCCCGUUGUUAAAGUAGCAGACAUCAUUUCCAAAAUACAGGAACUGGAGGAUGUAUGUAAUCCAGUGAUCAACAGGCCGAAGCCCACAGUGGAGGAGGCCCCUGAAGUGAACGACCAAAACAGCGGAGCUCAUAACGGUCCGACAACCAAGCAAGGAGCAGAUGGGAAGGGAGACGCGAAGGGAAGCCAGCAGACAAAGCCUGGCACAAAAGAGAUGGAGGUGGACUGAGAUUUAAGAAAGCAAACUCUACAACCAUCAACACGUUUACCACAACUGACCAUUUAGACGUAGAAACAUCGAUACCUGGGACCAUUUCUCAAUUGACACCAGCCACUUUGUGUGGAUUUGUUUGUUUUUUUGCCCUACCAUUGGACUUUACCUUUUGAGGUUUUUGUUUUCAUCCUCAUGUGUGAUGAUAGUGUGCUUUACUCUCUCAAAGGUUUGACAUACUUAAUAAAUUUAAGAAUGAUGCAAUAGAUUAAACUCUGAUUCUGACGUAAAACUGUUUCCUCAGUACCACACAGGAAGCUGUCCUCUGUGUUUGCAUUCCACGUGUCUCAUAAGCGUCCUGUGUCAGCAGUAAAUCACUCGUAAGAGAAAUACUUAGCUCUGUCCAGUCAACUGCUAUUGCGGAACUAUUAAUUUGUAUGCAAUAAUACAAAUUAUAUAUAUAUAUUUGUAUUAAAUAAGUUAUAAAUGAUGUCCAUGUCUAGAAACUGUAAAUACUAUUUUAGUAAAUAAAAGCGGCCAGCAUAUAUAAUAUAUGUACAUAAAGAACAUAUUCCAAGUACAAUGGCAAUGCUUGAUACACCAAAUCUCUUUAGUAAGUGGUUGGUUGCCUAAUUCCUUCUGUUUUCUUGCA